AUGGACUACGAAUUUUUUCAAAAGUUUUGUGAUUUAAAAUUAAGUAUGGGAAGUAAUAACAAUCAAGAGUCUUUACAGUUUGGCAUCGAACAAUUCAUUAUUGACUUUAAAACACCGCUUUAUGCUGAAAUAUCUGAACAAUGGGCCAUUAUUAAUGGCAUGGUCUACUUUUCUUUGAAAACUAGCAAGG